AUGGCUUCUGGCGAUUCUAGUAAAACACCACAGGAACAGCAACAGAAUGUGGGUUCAACAACACAUGAAGAAGAUUUUGCUCAAGGUAAUUAUGGCAUCUUGCCAUUAAUUCAAUCCAAGGAAAAAAUUGAUCGUCAAUUAAUUUCCGUACGUGAUAUAAAUGAAAAAUUAGCUAAACAAACAAUCUGGGUUCGUGGUCGUCUUCAUAUAAGUCGUGGUAAAGGCAAACAAUGUUUUCUUGUUAUUCGUCAUCAAUCAGCAACAAUUCAAGCUGUUGUUUGUGUCAAUGAAAACGUUAGUAAGCCAAUGGUUAAAUUUGCUGCUACUAUUACAAAAGAAAGUAUUAUUGAUGUUCAAGGUGAAGUUACUUUAGCACCAACACCUAUUGAAUCAUGUACGCAAAAGGAUGUUGAAUUACAAGUUACAAAGAUAUUUGUUGUCAGUCCAGCUGAACCUCGUUUACCAUUAUUAAUUGAAGAUGCUAUGCGACCAGAUGAGCCAACUAGUGAAAGUGCUCAAGCACCUCAUGCUAAUCAAGAUACACGACUUGACAAUCGUGUUAUUGAUUUACGUACACCAGCUAAUCAAGCUAUUUAUCGUGUAGAAGCAGGUGUUUGCAAAUUAUUUCGCGAUACACUCGAUGCUAAAGGUUUUGUUGAAAUUCAUACACCAAAAAUUAUUUCAGCCGCAUCCGAAGGCGGUGCUAAUGUAUUUCAAGUAACUUAUUUUAAAUCAAAUGCAUAUUUAGCACAAUCACCUCAAUUUUAUAAACAAAUGGCUAUUGCUGCUGAUUUUGGAAAGGUCUAUACUAUUGGAGCAGUCUUUCGUGCUGAAGAUUCAAAUACACAUCGGCAUUUAACUGAAUUCGUUGGUCUUGAUCUUGAAAUGGCGUUUGGCUAUCAUUAUCAUGAAGUUGUUAAUACGAUUGGUGAUCUAUUUACACAAAUUUUCAAAGGUCUUGCCGAACGAUUCGCCACAGAAAUUGCUAUUAUUAAUAAACAAUUUCCUUGUGAGCCAUUUGAAUUUGUUGAACCGGCGUUACGCCUUGAAUAUAAGGAUGGUUUAGCAUUACUUGCGGAAGCUGGUAUUCAAAUGGGCUCUGAAGAGGAUUUAACAACAGAAAAUGAACGCAUAUUAGGUCGCAUUGUUAAGGCUAAAUAUCAUACAGAUUUUUAUAUUCUUGAUAAAUAUCCAUUGGCUGUACGACCAUUUUAUACAAUGCCUGAUCCGGAUAAUCCUAAAUAUUCAAACAGUUAUGAUAUGUUCAUGCGUGGUGAAGAAAUUCUUUCCGGCGCUCAACGUGUCCAUGAUGCACAAUUAUUACUUGAACGCGUAAAACAUCAUAAAAUCAAUAUCGAUCAAAUCAAAUCUUAUAUUGAUGCAUUUCGUUAUGGUUGUCCACCACAUGCUGGUGGUGGUAUUGGCUUAGAACGAGUCCUUAUGCUUUAUUUAGGUUUGGGCAACGUACGAAAAACAUCUAUGUUUCCACGCGAUCCCAAACGCAUUACACCUUAA